GCUGCUUCGGCCGCCGCACCGGCUCCCCGGCGGGGCGAGAUGACGUCACAGCGGCGGGACGCACGCAGGCGGAACGGCGCGCCGAGGAGGCGAGGUGAUCACACGGUUUAUCAGGACUAAGACUUAGUCCACUAACGGACAAAAGCCUUACCUUUUCAUGCUAUGACGACUUCAUGGGGUCAUCCAAAAACGCGAUAAGCGAAUCGGUCGACACGGAGGACAGUUAUAGCAUGAUGGCUUCUUUCCAGCGUUCUAACAGCCACGACAAAGUCAGGAAAAUAGUGGCUGAGGAGGGCCGAACUGCGAGGAAUUUGAUUGCGUGGAGCGUGCCCCUGGAGAGCAAAGAGGAGGACGGAAAGCCUAAAUGGCAAAUUGGAGGAAAAUCCAAAAGAAUAACCCAGGGAGCUCACAAAACAACAAAGCAGAACACUACAUCAGCUGCUGGUGAGAAAAACUUUGACAAAAGUCCCACCAAAAUCAGGCAGCCUAGGAAAGUCGACCUGAGGGCGCGUUACUGGGCUUUCCUUUUCGACAACCUGCGACGUGCAGUCGAUGAAAUCUACGUCACCUGCGAGUCAGAUCAGAGCGUGGUCGAAUGCAAGGAGGUGCUGAUGAUGCUAGAUAACUACGUCAGGGAUUUCAAGGCUUUGAUCGACUGGAUACAGCUGCAGGAAAAACUCGAGAAGACGGACGCCCAAAGCAGACCUACUUCCCUGGCCUGGGAGGUAAAGAAGAUGUCUCCGGGACGCCACGUAAUUCCAAGCCCAUCCACAGACCGAAUCAACGUAACGUCCAAUGCUCGCAGGAGUCUAAAUUUUGGGGCUCCCUCUGCAGCGGUGACUUCGAAUCGCCUGGCUCCGUCGGGUGUCAGCUGGGCAGACAAAGUGAAGGCGAACCACACGGCGGCAGCUCCCGCUUCAGAGCCAGCAGCGAGGCAAACGUCCGUGGCGACACCGGUGCCGAAGCCUUCGCGGAGAAACGAAAGAAAGGAUGCCGAAGGUUGGGAAACGGUCCAGCGCGGGAGGCCAGUGAGAUCCAAAUCUUCCACUCUGGCAGUAAAAACAAUUUCACCCAUGGAACUGUCAAGGUUGCAAGACGACAGCAACAAAGAGAACGUCGUGCUUCGGCUAGCGGACAAUAAGGGUUCGUUGACCGAAGACACCAUGUCUAAAAACGCAGACCCCAUCCUGAAAGAGCCCGGCUCCCUGUAUGAACACCCUCUUGCAGAAAGGACUCAAUUCUCAGGCCGUGUACUAGAGGACAUCAAGAUUUCUGACAACAAAGGCUCACAAGAUGGCUCUCCACAGUCGUCUUCCGACCUGCCUGUGGUUCUCAUCGACGCUGAACACGUUGCUAAAAAUCCACAAGCGGACACAGUCAUCUCUGCUGCUUCCCCUAGCGGAGAGGAGACUCGGACAGAAAAAAGCAAGGCGGAGAGCGAAAUGGACCCUGCCGAUAUCUCCAAUUCUAUGGCGGAGGUUCUCGCAAAGAAAGAGGAACUAGCUGAUCGCCUGGAGAAGGCCAACGAAGAAGCCAUCGCCAGUGCCAUCGCUGAGGAAGAACAGCUGACCAGAGAGAUCGAAGCUGAGGAGAACGACGACAUUGAAACCGACAAUGACAGUGACUUCUCUGCCAGCAUGGGCAGCGGAACCAUCUCUUUCUGUGGCAUUUCCAUGGACUGGAACGACGUUCUGGCAGAUUACGAAGCUCGUGAAUCGUGGCGUCAGAAUAACUCUUGGGGUGACAUCGUGGAGGAAGAACCGGCUCGUCCUCCCGGUCACGGAAUACACAUGCACGAGAAACUCUCCUCGCCCUCUCGCAAGAGAACGAUAGCAGAGUCGAAAAAGAAACAUGAAGAGAAACAGAUGAAGGCUCAGCAGCUGCGAGAGAAGCUGCGGGAAGAGAAGACACUAAAGCUUCAGAAAUUAAUGGAGCGGGAAAAGGAUGUCCGGAAAUGGAAGGAGGAAUUAUUGGAUCAGAGGCGGAGAAUGAUGGAAGAGAAGCUCCUCCAUGCUGAAUUCAAGCGGGAAGUCCAGUUGCAAGCGAUUGUGAAGAAAGCGCAAGAGGAGGAAGCCAAGGUCAACGAAAUCGCUUUUAUAAAUACUUUAGAGGCCCAGAAUAAGCGUCAUGAUGUUCUGUCCAAGCUCAAAGAGUACGAACAGAGGCUGAACGAGCUGCAGGAAGAGCGUCAGCGAAGGCAGGAAGAGAAGCAAGCUCGGGAUGAAGCUGUUCAGGAACGUAAAAGAGCUUUGGAAGCCGAACGGCAAGCCCGGGUGGAAGAGUUGCUAAUGAGAAGGAAAGAGCAAGAAGCUCGAAUUGAGCAGCAGCGCCAGGAGAAGGAGAGAGCCCGUGAAGAUGCAGCUCGCGAGAGGGCCAGAGAUCGAGAGGAGAGGCUAGCGGCUCUGACCGCAGCCCAACAGGAGGCCAUGGAAGAACUCCAGAAGAAGAUUCAGCUCAAGCACGAUGAGAGCAUCCGAAGGCACAUGGAGCAGAUAGAGCAGAGGAAAGAAAAGGCUGCUGAGCUGAGCAGCGGAAGACAUGCAAAUACAGACUACGCCCCAAAACUGACACCAUAUGAACGGAAAAAGCAGUGUUCAUUGUGCAACGUCUUGAUUUCCUCAGAGGUCUAUCUUUUCAGUCACAUCAAAGGGAAAAAACAUCAACAAGCCGUGAGAGAGAACAGCAGCAUCCAAGGGCGGGAGCUUUCGGAUGAAGAAGUGGAGCACCUGUCGUUAAAGAAGUACAUUGUGGACAUCAUAGUUGAAAGCUCGGUCCCCACAGAGCCCUCAAAAGAUGGCGAGGAGCGCCAGAAGACGAAAAAGAAGGCCAAGAAGCUGAAGGCACGAAUGAACUCAAGGGCCAAGGAAUACGAAAGUGCCAUGGAAGCAAAGAACACCCCCUGUGACUCCCCAUACAAAGCAAAGCUGCAGCGGCUGGUGAAGGACCUUCAGAAGCAGCUUCAGAUUCAAGACAGCAACAAGGCUUCUGCCCUGGAUAGGAUUCUAGGAGAGAUUUCGCGCAUUCUGGAAAAAGAGAAUGCUGCAGAUCAGGUGGCGUUCCACGCUGCGGGGGGAUUUACGGCCCUGGAGCAGAUCCUUCAAGCGGCGAUCACUUCCACCAACCUGAACGCCAUUUCACGAAUUCCUCUGAAGUCACUCUGCGGCACUCUGAACGCAUACCACCUGGCCUGCAGCAACUGCGCAGAAAACUGCACCUACGUUUUGUUCAGUAACAGGAUUACCAUUUUGACGGAUCUGUUGAUGCAUCAGUUGACAGUUUAUGUUCCGGAUGACCUCAAUGCCACUCUGGGAAGGACGGCCAACAAGCAGGUGUUUGAAGGUCUGACGACGGGCGUCCUCAGAAUCGUGGCCGUGGUAUUCCGGUGCUUGAUCUCCCGCGUGCCUUACGGGAACCAUCAAACCUGUGCCCCAAGGUCGCUUCAAGAAAUGAAAAACAAGAUGUCGCCCGUCGAAGCCUUCAACAGUCGGAUACAGGACCUCAUCAGCUACGUGGUGAAUAUUGGACUAAUCGAAACGCUGAGCUGCUGCUUCCUGUCUGUCCAAGGCCCGAUUGACGAAAAUCCCAAAAUAGCAGCUUUCUUGCAAAAUGCCACCGCGGCCUUGCAGGGGAUGUGCCAGCUGUGUUUUGCUGUCAAUGGAAGGUCUUGCAGCAUAUUUGAUAAUGCCCGCCAGGACCCCACGGGAUUCACAGCCGCUCUCGAGGCCACAGACCUGGUUGGGGUCUUGCACAUGCUGUACUGCAUUCUCUUCCACGGCACCAUUGCAGACGCCAGCACAGCGAGCCCAAAAGAGAGUUAUGCGGAGAAUACCGUCCAAGUGGCCCUUCAGAGCUUACGCCUCUUCAAUAGUUUUGCUGUUCUCGAUCUGCCAGCUUUCCAGGCAAUUGUGGGUGCGGAAGGACUGUCACUUGCCUUCCGUCACAUCGUGAGCUCCCUGCUGUGGCACUGUUCCCAGCACACCUGCGAAGCCCUGCUCCACGAAGUCAUCGUUUGUGUUGGGUACUUCACCGUAAACCACCCGGAUAAUCAGGUGAUCGUCCAGUCCGGUCGCCACCCCACUGUCCUGCAGAAACUCUGCCAGCUGCCGUUCCAGUAUUUCAGCGACCCUCGCUUGAUCAAAGUCCUCUUUCCGACGCUCAUAGCGGCCUGCUACAACAACCCGCAGAACAAGAUCAUUCUGGAGCAAGAGAUGAGCUGCAUUUUGCUGGCUACGUUCAUUCAGGAUUUCACACAGAAUUCCAGCCAAACAGACAACCAAACCGCUCAACAAAGGGAAAAGAUCUUCAACUCCCAAGAUUACCUCGAGCUCUCCAAUCGGUUCCCUCGGCAGACAUGGGAAGAAGCCCGGCAGUUUUUCUUGAAGAAAGAGAAAAAAUAAGGGCACUUUUUUUUUUUAAACUUUCAGAACAUCUAACUUUGUAAAGUGUUACGCAGAUUUUCUUACAUUCUUUAAGGGCCUGUUCUAAAAGUCCUUUUUAUACUCAGAAUGCAUAUACUGUAGAUAUAUAUUGAUAUAGAUAUAAUAUAAUAUAAUUUGCACUAUUUGUGUUCAUAAGAAGUGUAUAUAUUUAAAGCUCAAUGUCAUUUUGGAAAGGUUUUUUUUGUUGUUUUUGCAUUAAUAUAUUUGAUGUUAACGGUUCCUGGCACCUUAAAUGCCUUGAGAUAUCUCUUGCACUGUAAAAUUGCUCAUAUUUGCUUCUAAAGCUAGAGAGUGGGCCAGAUCCGCAGGGAAAUUCUCCUGCGCAGAGUCCACUGAGUGGGAUGAGAAUGCUUUGCUUGCUCAGUAGGGCUUCAUCCCUGCAGCGUAGACUGGCCAUUCCAUUCUGUAAAAACUGUAAUAAAAUAACUUAUUCUGUUUGUGUCCUUUGACUUUUUCUAUAAUGCCUCCCCGCUACAUUCCGUUAUUUAGAAAGCACAAAAGUUCUCCCAGUUAUAAAUUUAAAUUAAUCUGAACACUAGAAUAUUUAACCUCACUGGGAAUGCGGUUUCCCCCUUUAAAUUUGGGUGCGUUUUGAACAGAAAAGGUCUGUAAGAAGUUUACGACGAGCUGUUCUCUUCCACUGUUAACCGGUGAAUUUUCACUGAACUUAUUAAAAGUAACAUUUCAACUUGC